AUGCCGGACAAUGCGUCCAUAAAUUCACAACCGAAUCCCGCCUCCCGCUCCGUCUUCCCCAGAGGGCCCAGUUUCACACUCGAGGAUUUUUCUAGUCGGGAUUUCAUUGUCAAGGAGUUUAUCGAGGAGCUCUCCGAUACUGCCAUCCUGCAUCGUCGCUCUGCGGCUGGGUCCACCGGUGGGAACCAGCCGUUUGAUCCCAAACCGCUAAUCCGAACCUUUGAGCACGCGCAACAACAGCUAGGAGAAUUGUCCGGUGAUCUAGAGAUUCGAGAAAAUGAGCUGUCCGCGGCAGUACGAAGGGCGGAAGCUCAACACUCACAAAAUGUCAAUAUCCUAGGCAGAAAGCUGAAGCAGACUAUCGAGUCAUUCCAGCAACUGGAUACGUCACUCAAUGGAGCCGGCAUCUCCAGUGGCGGCGAAAUGACUGGGGGGACUGGCAAUAUGGCUGUUGAAACCGGGCGGAGGCUGGAAGAGCUUGACCGGCAAAGACGCCGAGCCCUUGAUGCUCAUUUCUUACUUCAGUGCUGGGAUAGUGUGAGCAAUAGAGGAGAGAUCACACUGCUAGAAAAUCUGAGGAGGUCUGGAACUGGUGAGGCAAAGGUGCGCUCAGCCCAGAUUGCGCGACAAUUGUUGAGAAUAAGCCAAAGACUUGACCCCAAGAGCUGGAAUGAAUCGAGUGCGAAGAGUAACGGGGCAUAUGGGACCAAUACCACAUCUACGGACGAGCAUACGGAUGUUGGAGAAGACAAUGUUGACCGCCGGAACACACGCGAAAUUAUCGAAAAGUUUUCGGAGACACUAGAGAAAGAUCUCCUAAAACAAUUUGACGACUUCUACCGAAAAGCGAAUUUCGAGGGCAUGAAAGAUUGUGCGACUGUGCUCCAGGAUUUCAACUGUGGCGCAAGUGUUAUUGCUUUAUUCGUCAAUCAACACCAGUUCUUCAUCGACCGGAGUCAAUUGGUGACAGAAGAGGUGGGGGGGGAUCCAGAAUCCUGGGACAAACUGGCAGACCCUGAUGCUGAACUUCUGAAAGUGGAACCCAGCCUUCAGUCAUUGAUUGAUGAGGUCAAGGUUGUAGUUCAAGAGGAAUCAGCUAUCAUCCGGCGAGCGUUUCCAUACUAUGAUCAGGUGCUCGGGAAGUUCCUACAACGUGUGUUCCAACAGUCUAUCCAGCAGAGGCUGGAGAUGGUCUUGGAAAAGGCCAACGGGGUCUCAUCUCUGGCCUUUCUGCGAUCUUUGCAAAGCUCCCGUGGUUAUAUCAGUGCACUGGUUGAUGAUCUGAAAUCUCACGGCCUGACUGAGCACCCAGACCCUAUUUCUUCCCAGACAGCAUUGAUCCUGGAUCAACAACUCGAGGACCUUUUUGUGCCCUACUUUGUGGGGUCCUCCUACAUUGAGCGGGAAAAGAAGAACCUGGAGGAGCUGUAUACAUCACUCUUGUUCAAGUUUACUACGUUUCAUGCUCGUCGGAAAAAGGCUGCGACGACUUUCAUGGCAUCCCUGGCCAAGUCCGGGAGUGAAUUCCUCUCCUCUGCCAGAGAUGCUUAUAUCAACCGCCUAGAAUCCUCGGAGUUUUCCCCAACCCAGAGACGAAUGCUGCUGCAGGUUGCCGGGUUAAGGGAGUCAACGGACUCGCUUCGGCCGACAGAAAUCAAGCUCACAGAGGAGGAUGGCCUCCUUAGUUUGGCCUAUGCGAAGCGUAUGCUCAAGUGGCUUGCUGAAGGAGUUGGUCGUGGGUUGGAACUUAGUGUCAACAGUGACACACCCAAGGAUGUUUCUGCACUAUUGAACCUUCUUCUAUCUAUGAUGGGCGAAGGUUAUAUCGAAGUAUGUCUUGACGCCGCUUUGGAAGCAGCGGCAUCACAAGAGUCGGGCAAGGCCGAGCCUGAUUUUGCCUACCUACCCGCUGUCCGGAGUGCCAUUAGCAUCACCAAUCUGAUGGUAACCUGUAUAAAUACAGUUCUCAUUCCACUUGCCACUAGCAGUAUCACAAUUCGCCGGGAUAUGGAGAAGAAGGUCAACCUGACGACAAUGCGCAUUGAAGAAAAGAUAAACACCAUUGAGCAAAAGGCAAUUGCUGCAACUUUUACAUGGGUGAGCAAACUUUUGUCUGGCCAAAAGAAAAAUGAUUUCCGCCCCAAAGAAGGAGACAAUGCAGCUUGGUUGGAGAAAUUGCAGACACCGACAUGCGCUUCAAUUUGCACCUUUUUGACACGCUUACACAACAUUGCUUUGGCUUCCUUGCCAUCUACCGGCUCCAACAUCCGCGAGUUGCUAACGGAGAUUGCCCUUGGGGCUCGCAGUCUCCUGUUAGAGCAUUUCAAGCGGUUCGCUGUCAAUGGAGCCGGAGGUCUUAUGGUGACAAAGGACAUGACACAGUAUGCAGAUCUCCUCAAGUCGUGGGACAUUGACGAACAGAUCAAGGGCCCUGGCUGUGCGAUAGAUGUCUUGCUGGAAGUUGGCAGUCUCUUCGUUAUUGGCUCGGAGGCCUUGAGAGAACGAAUCCGAGGAGGAGCGACCAGUGGUGCCACCGGAGGACCCGGCAAUAACGCUGGUGCCAGCUCUGGGCGCGGUGCUGGAGGAGCCGGUCAAGCUGAGGCUGGUCUCAGCGUGCAAGAGGUCCGGGCAUAUGUUUCCCGGCGAGAGGAUUCAAAUACGGCUGCCAUGCAGGGCGUGCUCAACGUGAUUUGA